UCCGCUCGUCAUUUACUUUUAUCGCGCGGAUCGUUCGUGCUUUUGUGUUUUGACCGGGCGUUAAAAUGAUAUAAGACUGUUGUCGAUAUGAUAAAAAUCGUGAAAUGAAAGUGGACUUUAUCAGUGCCCGCCUGAAGGUUGAAAACGUUUAUGUGAGGUUCAUUGUCACUGUGACAUCCGCCAUCUUGGAUAUCGUUGGCGGGCGAAUAUCAAAAUGCUGCCUGCUACUUAAUUACAUUUUCCUCCUCUGAAAAGCCUUUAUGCUUUGAAUACCACAAAAUCUACUGCAGAAGCACAAGAGGUUGUCAUUCUUAGCACUGAGUUGACAACAUUGCUUGAGCCCUUGGAAGUGACAUCGAGAAGUUUAGGCCUAGGCUAUACGAAAACCGAUUAGAAAUCAGUCACCAAUCAAAUUCCGAAAAGGGGAGAGAAAGGAAUGACACUUCACUUAAUAUGAAGGUAAUUCUGCUCUGCCUGAUCCCUGUGGUCUUGGCUCGGCCUGAUGAGCAACACCCGGUGGGGUACGUCAUACCCACGCCAGAUCCUACCCCUUCCCCUGCUCCUUCCCCUGCCCCUUCUGCUCCUUCCCCUGCCCCUGGGGGAAUGCCCUUCGAAUACAACUACGCCGUGAAGGACGACGAACACGCCGUGGACUUCGGCCACGAUACGAAAUCUGACGGACAACACGUGACGGGAGAAUAUCACGUCCUGCUCCCCGACGGACGCACCCAGGUGGUCACUUACACCGUGGAUCUCGAAAGCGGAUACCAGCCCGUCAUCACUUACCAAUGAGGGGAGGGACGAAAGGUCCCUAGACUCCUGCAUACACCGUCGUCCCGUAAUCUCUGUCACGUGAUCUCGAAUCAGUGAGGAAGGGACGAAAAGUCCCGAGGUUCCCGUGGUAUAGAUCAUCCCGUAACCUCUGUUACAGCUUCGGGCGUAUGGAAUUACCAUGAUCAUUUGCCGACCGUACUUCGUAAGGACCUUACAUUAAUAUUUAUUGUGAAUUUAUACGCAAAGCCUAAAUUCUGCGAUAUUUAUUUAUGCUCAUAAAUAAACUUUUUCUGCUUAAGAAUUU